AUGAAUCAACAAGACCAAUCCUCGACCCCCUUCAACCCCCAAUCCAGCUCCUCCCACCCGCAGCAUCGCCUCCCCUUUGCCGACCGCCUCAACAACACCGCCAGAAACCACUUCGUAGCCUGCUGCGGCGAGUUCAUUGGCACUUUCUUCUUCCUCUUCUUCGCUCUAUCCGGCACACAAGUGGCGAACACGACCAAGGAUGCCAACGAGCUUAACCAAUUGCUGUACAUCAGCUUAGCGUUCGGCUUCAGUCUAGCUGUCAAUGCGUGGGUGUGGUUCAGGGUCAGUGGGGGGCUGUUUAAUCCGGCUAUCACGCUAGGGAUGUACCUCUCCGGCGCUGUCCCUCUAGUCCGCAGCAUCCUCAUCGCCAUCUCCCAGAUCCUAGGAGGCAUCGUGGCCUCUCUGGUCGUCCACGCCAUCUUUCCAGGACCACUGGCCGUCACCACCGCCCUCAGCGAUUCGACCUCCCUCGGACAAGGCUUCCUCAUCGAAAUGUUCCUGACCUUCCAACUCCUCACCACAAUCCAGAUGCUGGCGGGGGAGAAGCACGCGGCCACCUUCAUGGCGCCGAUCGGCAUCGGGCUGAGCUUGUUCAUCGCUGAGCUUUCUGGGGUCAGGUUCACCGGCGGCAGCUUGAACCCGGCAAGGAGCUUCGGCCCAGCGUUGGUGCUGAUGAGCUUCCCGAAGGAGCACUGGAUCUACUGGGCUGGACCAGCGUCGGGCGCGGUGCUCGCGGCAGGCCUGUAUAAGUUCUUGAAGAUCUUGGACUAUGAGAGGGCGAACCCUGGACAAGAUGCAAGUGGACGUGAUGGUGAGGACGGAAGGAUCAGGUUGCUUGGAUGA